AAGGAAGAGAGAGAGAGCGAUAGCUCAGACGGCUCAGAUUUGGCAGCUCACUGCGGAUUUUCUGCGCUUAAUCUGCGACGUGACGACGUGUGUAGCGUCUUAAACCCAAUCACUACGUCUGCGUCAUCGAUUGAUUCGUCAGCGGAGGAGUGCUUCGUGCCGUUACCCGAUUCUCCUACUGGUGUGUGGCAGUCCGACGACCCAAGUGGAAGUGUGUGCGUGUGUGCUAGCGUACGGCGGAGCAGUUUCGCCCUUGGCGGUGCCGCUGCUUUACGAGGAUGCUCAACGUCAAUCAAACCGCGUUUACUGCGUCACAAACGAGCCCGCGCGGAGCGUAAACACAGGAGCUCGCUGAUUGAGCGUCUCGCCCGUGGCUAUUACGAUGUGAGAAACGUCCAUUUGUGGUCGCUCGCGGACAACUUCGCACGAACGGCAAAAAAUGAUGGCUUCUACGAGGGACUCCUUCCAACGAAGUGACGACGAGGAAGAACUGGUAUUCGAUCAGACGGGACUGCUUACAAACAAGCUCUCGUCUCGUCACGGCGUGGUGUCCAGAAACCAUGCCGUCAACUCGGGAGGACGCCUGACUGUUGCGCGGACUGUCAAUCUCUGUCUCUCUUUCUUUGGCCUGGGCCUUUGCUUCGCCAUACCAACUGCAACGAUCCAAGACCUUCAGAAGAGAACCAAUGCCGAGGGCGACAUACAACACUUUUACACAGCGCGCUAUGGUGGCUACAUAUUUGGCUGCCUCAUAGGUGGCUUUCUCUUCGACUGGUACAACCGACAGUUCUUGCUUUUUCUCAGCAUCUUCGCUACGUCCAUUGGCAUUAUAGUGAUGCCCUUCUGCGUCCAGCUAGCAACCCUGAUGGCAUGUUCGGCCAUUACUGGCAUUACGAUGGGAUUCCUAGACACAGGUGGCAACGUCUGGUGCCUAGACCUGUGGGGCCGUCACAGCGCUCCCCUGAUGCAGGCGCUGCACUUCUGCUUUGCCCUCGGAGCCCUCGUCGCACCACUGAUCGCCGAGCCCUUCCUCUCGCCUGCCUCGCUUAGUGGGAUUACACCGAUGCACAGCCUUUCCAACACCUCUCUGGCGCCCCAGACCUUCGCGCACAUACCCCCGAUCGGAAUACACCACGGCAUUGUGGUCAGCCGACAUCAUUCGCACGCUACACCAAAGUGGAUGGACUCGCCGCCUACGGUGGUCCUUUCGCGACACCCGCGAAGUGUAGAUGAACAACUUCAAAAGGCUAACUCUGAGUCAUCCUCCUUUCUGAAUGCAUCCACAAUACACAGCGUGGACACAGCUCGUAAUGAAAGUGCAGCGUACAAUGAAAGCACAGCGAGUGAAAGCUCGUCACACAAUGAGAGCAGCGUGGUAGAUCAAACAGUGCUGCAAACACCACUGAACUCAAGCGAUGGAGAGUCAAAUGAGACAUCAAGAAUAGAAAGCUCUAAAAAGGACCAGCCACCAACUACAACUGUGGCACCGAGCACUACGCCAGUAGCCAAGAAGCCAACCAAACCAAUCUAUGCCGAAGGACCAAAGCAACUAAACAAGUGGGAUCGAAAGUCCCAAAAGACAACCAAAGGUGCUGUUACGGCUGCUCCCAAUUCAACCAACUCGUCUGCGCACACUAAUGCAACGGCCCCGAAAUUGAACUUAACCAGCAGCAUCGCCGCAACCUCUAAGAAUCUAUCAAACUCGGCAGCAGCAGGGACACCGGCGCCACCUGUGUCAGUACCAAACGAGGGUAACGAGACCAAAGGUCCAAGUGGAAACACCACACCAUCAGUGCAGGAGGUUAACAAUUCCAGUAAAACUGGAAAAGAAGGUGCUUUGCAAGAGCACACUAAUCAUGCUCUGAAUAGCUCUAGCAAAGCCGCUGCAGAAGGUUCAUCGCAAGACCACACUAAUCACACCGAUAGACCAAGCACAACUGCAGCAGCGGCGCAACCCGUAACUUCCAGCAAAGGCACGACAACGCGUCCAGCUGUCAGUGAAGGAAAUGUCAGCCAAACAGUCGUGACAACGAAGAAAGUCACUGUUGCCACAACUCUCAAACCCGAUGUAGAACCCGUCACAGUUCCUGUUGCGCAACAGGUGCCUACAGAAUUGCCUGACCAGGUCACUGAAGACCCGAUUGCUCUAAAAGCCACGACAAUAGUGCAUGCCAGUAUAAGAGCGACUGUACAAAGCAAUGACCCUCCAGAAGCGACUGUUGCACCCGUACCAACAAAGGAUCAACUGCCAAUGCAAAGUAAUGAGACAGCGAUCAAGCACUUGGCUGCUGAAACACCAAAAGAACCUCCGAAACAAUCGAGCCUGGGUCAUCCAACACCCGAGCCAGUGACAGCUUCACCCGAGCCCGUACAGCCGGCAGUUGUAGGUGCAGCAAAUGUGUCGAGUGAAAGCAGCUCGGAUAUGAAGCCACCGCCACUCACUACUAAGUCGACCCUACUUGAAAAGGCAUCACCAACAGCGGAAACAGGCCUAACCUCGUGGAUCACUCAGAAGUUCAUGGAGAACAGGAUUGGAAAGCUGGAGUUUGUCUAUGCUAUCCUCGGGGCAUACCUCUUUGUGGUGUCCGUGGUGUUUCUCGCGUUCCUGUGCACGAGCCCACGUGAUUCCCGGUCUCGUCAAGAGGAAGACAUCAAGACACCCGGGCCUUCGGGCAAGCACAGCCUGGUUCUGCUUAGUUCCCUCUUCUUCUUCCUCUACAUGGGAAUGGAAGCUGCGGUGGGCGAGCUGCUACAGAUAUACGCGGCCCACCCUCGCGGUUACACUUUGACCUACGUCUUCUGGGGCAGCUUCGCGGCCGCACGUUUUCUCGCGAUCCCCAUUGCGAUCAAGGUGUCGUGCCGGAACAUGCUCCUCAGCGAUCUCGGCAUCUGCUUCCUCGCAUCUGUCCUGCUCGUCGCCGGUGCUGACAGGAUGGAGUCCUUGCUCUGGACGGGAGUUGGCGUCUUGGGUGUCGGGAUGGCUUCCGUCCUGCCGACGUCAUUGGCCUGGCUCGAACGGCACAUGCGUGUCACGAACCGCGCGGCGUCGGUCGUUCUGCUCGGGGCGGCUUUCGGAGAGAUGGCGCUGCCGUUCCUCGCCAGUCACCUCAUCGAGCGUGAGCCAGCCGUCCUGGUGUACGUCAACGUGAGCGUCGUCACGCUGUGUUGCCUCAACUUUGGCGCCCUCUGGCUGACGGCGGCAAAGAGGGGCGAAAAAUAUGCGCCGACUAACGAGCCGGAUCGUUCGCUGUAUCAGCUGGCGAACCUCGACGACGGAGAUGACCAGGCCGACUUCACGUUGCUGAGGCCCCUGUGUACCAACGGCGAGAAUGGCCUGCACUUCAAGGAAAAGCACAAGUUUUCUCGGGGACUCAACGCAAUGUCCUGAAAGCCACGUCUCGUAACGGUCUCCGGAGUUGCACGUCGGCCACCGUGACCUCUGAACAAGACACUGUGGAGCGGCUCGCCAAAGCUUGCCACUUCUCUACGCAUCAAACAUGGGGCGGAGUUCUACUGUUGACAAAUAGUGUGGAACAGUGUGCUGCACUAAUCAGUGUUUUAGAAGAAAAAAAAAGGCGAGUGGUGGACAGCUUUGAAUGCAACUCCCACAGCUUUACUAAGGUUCUAAGUGGUGGUUAAAGAAUUCGUGCUCAAAAAGAGCAAAUUAAGAGGCACGCCACCGGUAUGGAAGGUGAUGGACAUUUUAGCUUGUUUUUAUUUGCCAGUCAAGCUUCUGCCAGACGUUGCGAAGGCCAACACGAGCUUGAGCCACGAGGCCGCUCCACAGCACAAGUGCAAUUUUUUUAAAGGUUUUUAAGUUGAGAAGGUGAUGCACCUUAGAUGGACACCUACGUUCUAGUAGAGACGACCGGCUUGUCAUUUGGGCCUGCUGCAGCUAUGCCAUGCCAAUAGUUCUCGAGCUGGAGUGGGAAUGCAAUUUUUUUAAACGCUACAAGCGACGCAGCUUUCACGAGCAUGUUGCAUAGCAUGGUUCGGUCAGUCGUGCAUUGUUUCACUGUGAAUAACAGCCUAGUCAACUUCAUUUUUCUGGGGACAUUAUAUUUUGGCUCGAGUAUUUAAUAUAUUCUUUUUGUCUCGGUGCUGCUUUAGUGGAGGUGACAACAGCGCUAGUGAUAAAAGUGCCAGAUGUACUUUUUUUCCUGCCAAGCCUACCUUUUUUUUUUUUUUUUAAAGCGUAAUCCGAGAGAGAGAGAUAGACAGCGAGUUCCUUUAUCCGCUGGCAACAUAUUUAUUCACUUUCUCAAAGCCACGAGCAGGGUCAUUUUAUACAAUAAAAAGCAUCUAUCAUACACUGCAAGAAUUUCUGUUCGCA